UCGAAGUCAUUCGAAAAGAGUAACUUUUUAAAUUUGCAAUAACGGAGAUUUCAUUCAUCCGACGGCGUCGUACGACGGAGCGAACGAGGUUUCGAUUGGCUGUAGGGAACGCACGGCGGAAGUGCCCCUCUAUUUUCCUAUGUCGUCCAAGAGAAAGUAAGAAAAUUGGAGAAUUCUUCGAUCGUGAACACGAGCCUUUAUCCGUCAACCACGAUCGAUCUUUUGAAAUGACGUGUGCUUAGAUGAGAGUGACGGCGCUGCGAUCGAUGCCAGAAAGCGGGGAGCGUGAACCAUCUGCCUAACCGCUGCACCCACGGUAGAACGGCCCGGGCAUCCCCUCCCAUCUCGGUUCCCAUCUGCGCGUUUCUGCACUCAACGACCGCUCGCGGCUCGGUGGAACGGGCCCGGGAAGCCGUCGGAUUGGCUGGGGUGGCGCGAAGGCCACAUCCGGUAGCUGCGCCGCAGUAUUGGUCGGUUUCGUUUGGUUGUGUCAGCAGAAACGAAGUGGCUCGAUUUCGCGUCUAUAUUAUUGAUAGACAGGCCCGUCGCGGUGAGUGCGCGAUCGUCGAGAUUCGGCCGCGAGCGUGACAGAGGCGAGAGCGUCGCGUCGCACCUCCCUUUUCCACCACCCCCGGCGCUCCUUUCGGCCGUCCCGGCUCUCCAGAUCCCUCGCGUUCCCGGUCCUUGGCCGCGUCGUCGCGCAUCGGGUGUGACGAUCGCUCGGCUCGAGUCACUCGAGCACUCCGAGACGCGAGGUACGGUCCGCCGCGCGUCGUGUCGCGCCGCGCCGCGUUCUCGGCGUGUGUCCUGCCUCCCAACUCGCGUUCCUCGGCAGCAGCGCGCGCGCGCCGCCCGCGCCGCCCGCUUUGUUGUCCCUUCGGCGAUCGCCCAUCGAUUGCGCGAGCCAGCCUCCCUUCCGCUUCCCGGCGAGCCGUGAGGAAGAGGACAGAACUUCGCGAGGACACUUAUUGCGCGAACGGCUCCGCCAUUGUACGUUAACCGCAUUCGUGGCUCUCCGCCGCGCGACCCGAAGCCGCUCUUUGCCGCGUCGCCGCUCGAUCUUUCUCGUCUUUCUCGUCGUCGCCGCUUGCCCGUCUCGCUCCCGCGCCCCUCCGCCGCGCUCUUGAUUUUCUCCCUUUAUUUAUACAUCCGCGCGAGUAUUGGCACGUUUCGACGCACCGAUUCCUCGCGGUUUCUCCCUCUCUCUCUCCCGCUCUCCGCCACCGACUUCGUCCGUCUCUCUCGCUCCCGCUUUCUGCUCCUAGCUUCGCACGUUUCCUCCCGCAAUAACCUCGGGGCGUGAAGCUCGCGGAUUUCCCGGCUCGUCGCGACGGCUCCUGGAAACGACGGAGAAGGCUGGAGGGUCUUUAGACGUCCGAUAUUUCUUCUCCCUCGACGCUCCCUGGCAAUUCCACUCCAUACCUGUAACUGCACCCUAAAUCAUCCCAUGCGAGGUUGCUCACCUGGUGCACGCGGUAAACAUCGACGUUCGGUGCAGCGGAUGUUUGCAGCCAGUGGACCCUUACGUGCCAGGUGGGAAAGGUGUCCGCACCAGAACGUUAUGCAAUAGAGCGAGAUGCAGUCGACCGAGUAGAAGAAGCUCCACGACGAGAAUGCCGUGGGACGUCUUUCUCUCCUGGGUCUACGUCGGUCCUCUUAAUCUGUCCUGCUCGUAAUGAUGAUAUCGGCUAUGACAGUAGUCGGACGAUAUGCCACGCUCGAUGCCACUUCCCACGACUUGGUCGUAUAGGAAAGAGUCGUGUUGUUUGGUUGAGCCGUGGCACCCGGAGGGAUCACCGAAUCGUCCGGGAGAGGCCGAGAAGAGGAUAAGCGCGCCGAGCUAGGUCGCUGCAAAGGACAUCGGAGGAGCGCCGCGGUAAUGGAUGAAUGGGACUGAGCGGCGCCCGCUCGGAGUACGGGUGCGGGAGCGAGUGCCGACGAGGGUGGGAGGAUCUGGAUGUCGAGGCGGCGGCAGUAAUGGCCCCUGCUCUGACGGACGGUGGUCCUCAGCAACCCGAGAAUCCGUUAGCCCCUCUGCCGGCCGGUGGGUUCCUGACGAGCGAGCAGGCCGCGGAGGUCUGCCAGAAGCGGGAGGUCCUCGCCCAGUUCGUCGUCUCCGCGAGCGUGCAGCCCUCGAAGAUCGACGAGCAGUGCCUGAGCGGCGUCUCGAGGGAGCUCAUCAGGGAUGUCAUUAACUCGAAAUACAGCAGCGACCUCGACAGCCUAUCAGCGUUCGCGAGCGGGCUCGACCUGAUCACCAGGUCGUCGCGUUCGCUCGUCCGCCGGGUCGGCGAGGAGCAACCAACCGAGCAGGCCCGCCCGGCGAGCUCGGAAGCCAAGGCGACGAGUACUAUGAUGAGCGACCCAUCUAUGGGCGACCGAAGGCCGGACGACGAGAUGGGUUUCCUGAAGUCAAGCGUGGAGGUGUCCGCGACGGAGGCGGAGAAGGGCGCGCCCGCGGAGCAGUCGACCUCGGGCUGCGCGGACAAGCCCUGCUGCCCUUACGACGGCUACAUGGGCCAGGUGGAGGACCUCCUACAGGUUUUCCGCUCGCUGGAGGUCGCGGGAAACGCGGAAAGCGUGGCUGGGACUGGCAGCGAGGUCGUCCAGGGCCCCGCGGACGGCGUCGAGAUGUUCCCCAUCCCCGAGGGCUUCUCCUCGUUCGAGAAGGACCUUCUUAAUGACGUUGACGUCGACGUGAUGAGCCUCUGCAACGUCAACGUGAACGUGAACGACGCCGAGGGGGUCGAGCGCAGGUCCGAGGGCCUUAAGACCCAGCAGGACCUCGUCACCAGGAAGCAGUUCGAGAGCGAGAGGCGGUGCGCCUUCCUCCUCAGGAGGCUGCGGAAGCUCCAGGCGAAGCUCCUCGGAUGCCACGUCGCCGAGGAGAACACCGGCGUCCUCGAGCUGGCUCAUCGGGGCAUCAAGAAGUACCUCUUUCAGGAGCUACCCGGCGGCGGCUCCAAGUCGGCCGCCUCCAGGGGCUUCCCCGAGGUCGGGGCCGGCCUCGGCUCCUUCCUUCAGAAGAUCGAGAAGACCUGCGCCGUCAGGAGCAACACCGUCAACCGGCAGCGCGGGUGCUGCCGGUACUUCGGCGGCGGAUCCCGGGACAAUUUCUCCAAUCCGUCGACCGGCAAUGCCGGUCGUCACCUCGCCUUCGGCAUGCCGCGGGUCAAGGUCCAGAGGGACGAGGUCGAGGGUGCCGCGGGACCUCUCGAGACUCAACUCCGCGUGGUCGAGGCGAGCUUGGACUCCGACUGCACCGCCUCGAGCAGCGGCGGCGAGAGUUGCGACGAGAUGCAGACCUUCGGUAACUCUCAUCAACAAUAUUUGCCCAUAUCCAAACGAGCUGGGUGGCGAUACGCUCAGGAUCGAGCGGGAAUAGCUUCUCGGUGGACGUGGUUGCAAGCUCAGAUAUCCGACUUGGAGUACAGAAUUCGGCAACACAAUGACCUGCAGCGCCAAAUUAGAGCGACCAAGGGUCUCGUUAUCCUGGACAACGCUGAGACCGUCAACGGGUACAGCGGCGUUCUGCCUGGUUCUACGGGACGUUGCAACGCGACCGAGGGCGAACUGCCAGCCAGUAGGACAAGACCGUUCGUUUGGAGUAUUUAUCGAAAGAGGAAGCUACUGCAGAUCGACAGACUCCACGAAGUUUCUAAACGCGCCGCCAAAGCCUCUUCGGUGAGGUGCAACUGCGACAGCGUAUUACCUCCUUGUGCUCUGUGUACCGGAAGGCAAGAUCCCAUUCAGCCUCUGGAACCCGUCGAGCAGAUAUCCGUAAACGAUAGGAUGGCCCUGGUUGAUCCUGGAUUUCAUCCAGUCCUGUCGUUUCCAGACGAAACCGUACACGGGACGCAUUUAGAGUCUAUCAUGAAGUCGGUCGAGUGGCAACAAAAAAUGUUGCGAGGAAAUCUCCGAACGACACGUUUCAAGGAUAAGGAAAGUAACGAAAGGAGAAAUAAAAAGCUGCUCGAGCAUAGAGCGAAGUUUAGCGGUCGACUGAAGAAGUCAUCUUCGGCCAUCCUUACUGCGAGAAUUAAGAGAAAGAUGUUGAAAGGAAAGAGACGCAGACUAGCGCACGAAAGGAAUAUCCAUGGACUGAAUAAGAAGAAAAUAGCGAAAGUGCCACCUCCGGAUGAUUAUGACGAUGCUAGUGUGCAAUCAGGAUCGAGCAAGAAUUCGUCACCUGUGCCUUCACCCUUGCAACAAGUUCCCGCAUCAACGGAGAAGCUUCUCCCUAAGGACCGAAGUUCCAAUGUCCAUGGGCGAUUAAGGCAAAAUUCUUACGACAUUGACAAUAUCGUCAUACCGUACAGCAUAGCUGCUUCUACACGGCUAGAGAAACUACAGUACAAGGAAAUCUUAACUCCGAAGUGGAGAGUCUACGAAGAAAACGCGAAGACAGACAUUAAAAAUGGCAUUAUGCAGAAGCCUAAUCAAAAUAGCGACAUCGAAGAUGUAUCAGAUGAAAUGGUGGCGCUGAGGCACGAGCGAAGUGAACGCGAGGAAAAUAAACGCUUCAUGACUUACGUAAAUAUGCCACAUCAGACUCGUAUUCGCCAUCAUCGUCGUACUGACAGCAGAGCGGACAGUGGAGCGAACACUCCAGAUCCUUUAUCUCCUAACGCAAGUGACUAUGGCUGCGAUGUACCAUCGCCGAUAAAUUCACCGCCAGCGACACCUGCUAUGAUGCACGAUUUAGAAAAUCGGACUCAGCAAAUGCUGGAUACGCAUCGCCCACUUUCUUUCCAUAACGCGAUGCGUCGCCAAUCCAUAUCAUCGCUUAGGCUAGCCAGGGACGACACCACGGCAUCUUUCACCGAAGAAGAUAACGAGGUCUUGCCCUAUGAGCCGAGAGUUUUUCCAUUAUCCGAGGAGGUGUAUGAUAAAAUGCUAGAGGCUAUGCCGGAUGGCCAUUGGCAGGCUUCGUCGGUAUCGUUAUGCUCGAGAGAAGAUAAAGGAGAUGAGGAAUGUGGAUUAGAUACUCCAGAAUCGGAUUCGACGGAAUCGGCUUGCUGCGAUGUAGAGGGUGAGGACCCUAACGAUCCCGAAUGGACGGUAGCGGAUGAUAGCGAAAAGGAAAGAAUACGUCCUACAGCUAAAAGAUAG